AUGGACGAGGAAGAUUCACCUUAUCCAGAGGUCCGUGCCUCGGUUUCCAACAUCGACGACCCCGAGAUGCCUUGCCUGACAUUUCGAGCUUGGCUACUCGGUAUCUUCUUCGUCAUCAUCUGUGGUGCAUUCAACAUGUUCUUUCAACUUCGUUACCCGGCUCCAACUAUCACACCUGUUGUAAUUCAAAUCAUCUCCUACCCAGCUGGUAAGCUUUGUGCAUCGUUACUACCGGAUACAGUUUACCGGAUGCCUGGCUCCGAAUGGUCCCUUAACCCAGGCCCCUUCAAUAUCAAAGAACAUACAGUAAUUGCAAUCAUGGCCAAUGCAGCUGUCGGACCUGUCUAUGCGGUCAACACAACACUUGUCAUGGAAAAGUUUUAUCAUAGGGCACCAGGACUUGGGAUUGAUUUUUGUUUAGCACUUGCUACUCAGCUUUUAGGAUUUUCUUUAGCUGGUCUCACACGACGGUUUUUGAUUUGGCCAGCUUCAAUGAUUUGGCCUAGUAAUUUAGUAGUCUGUACUUUGUUAAAUACGUUUCAUGCAGAAGAUGAUGAUGGUUCAGAUGGAAGUUUGACUCGAUUUAAGUUUUUCAUGUAUGUUGCAAUUGGAGCAUUUGUGUGGUAUUGGGUGCCUGGUUAUCUCUUUACCGCCUUAUCGACAUUCUCAUGGGUUUGUUGGAUAGCACCUCGGAAUCGACUCAUCAAUCAACUCUUUGGGAGUGUCACCGGUUUGGGCUUGGGCAUCUUGACUUUUGACUGGUCUCAGAUAGCUUACAUCAACUCACCUUUAAUUACCCCUUGGUGGGCUGAGGUCAACAUCUUUUGCGGUUUUGCAUUCUUCUUUUGGUUUUUAGGUCCACUUCUUUACUACACAAAUACUUGGCAACAAGCUUAUUUACCGAUAGGUGGUACAUCAGUCUAUGAUCGAUAUGGAAAACCAUAUAAUACGAGUCGAGUAGUAGACUUACGUACAGGACUUUUAAAUUUAACAGCUUAUCAUGAAUAUUCACCACUUUUCCUCCCCACAACCUUUACAGCUGUUUAUUCAAUUGCAUUUGCUUUAGCUACCUCAGCUAUCGUUCAUACCUUUUUAUACCAUGGUCAUUCGAUUUGGGAUAAAGUCAAAAAUAUUAAAACUGAAGAUGAAGAUGUACAUGCUAAGUUGAUGAGAAAUUAUCCUGAAGUACCUGAUUGGUGGUAUUGGAGUUAUUUUUUCCUUUUCACUGGGUUUAGUGUGAUUGUUAUUGAGGCUUAUGCUACUGGUUUACCGAUUUGGGGAUUGUUUUUGGCUUUAUCAGUUGCACUUGUUUAUGUUUUACCAGGUGGAUUUAUCUUUGCUAUGACAAGUCAACAAAUCUCAAUUAAUUUGGUAGCCGAAAUCAUCCCAGGUUAUCUUUUUCCAGGCAAACCGUUUGCCAAUAUGCUGUUCAAGACAUUCAGUGUACAAUCUCUCUUUGUAGCAAUGUCUUUCAUUCAGGAUCUUAAAUUAGGACAUUAUAUGAAGAUCCCACCUAGGGUGACAUUUGUGGUUCAAAUCCUGGCUGCUAUUUCUUCUGCUAUCGUUCAAGUUGGAGUUAAAGAAUUCUUGGUGGCCACCGUACCUGAUCUUUGUGAUAAACAUCAAGCGAACCUACUUACAUGUCCUAACAGUUCAGUCUUCUAUUCAGCUUCAGUUCUAUGGGGAUUAUUAGGACCACAACGACAAUUUGGAGAAGGAACAAUAUAUAGACCAAUUGUAUAUUUUACUAUCAUUGGUGGUUUGAUUCCAAUUCCAUUUUAUCUAUUUACGAAACGAUGGCCAAAUAGUUGGUUAAAGUAUGUAAAUAUCCCAGUACUUUUGGUGGGUGCUUGUUGGAUCCCUCCAGCUACUGCAAUUAAUUAUACGUCUUGGAUUAUCGUUGGUUUUAUCUUUCAAUAUGUUUUUAGAAGAACUAAGUUUCGUUGGUGGAGUAAAUAUAAUUUUGUACUUUCGGCUGGAUUAGAUGUUGGAACGGUGAUUAGUGCGAUUGUGAUCUUCUUAACCGUUCAAUUGUUUAGACCUGGAUCAGAUGGUACAUUAAAUUGGUGGGGUAAUACAGUUUAUGUCAAGUUGAGUCUUUUUUGGCUCUUUUACUUUCCAUCUUAA